CCACCUCGGCGGCGGACCCUCCUCGCGAGAGCGCCCGGCCAACAAUCCGGCUCUCGGAGCGCGUGCCGAAGCGGGGAUGCUGCGCCUUGGACUCGUCGGCUGCCGUAGCCCCUGCUAGGACAGCCCGUGCGCAGCGGCUGCGGGAGGAAGAGAAAGGCAGAGUCGGGUUACAAGAUGGCGGAUUUGUAGUAGUUCCCGCGGCGCCAGGAGAGCGAGCGAGCUCGGGGGGGAGGGCUGAAGGGAGGGGAGGGGGGGUGUGCGGGGGUGAAGUGAGAGGUAACGGGGGUUCCGGGUGGAGGAAUCGGGUCGGCUCCCUGUCACCCCCUUUUCGGUGUCUGUACCUUGGGAGUCAUGUCCUCGGGCGCCUCCGGAGCCGCCGCCGCCGCUAGCGUCUCUCAAGAAUGAGGGACGCUGACUAGGUGUGCGAAGAGGCGGCGGCCGGAGCGGAGGGGGACGGCAGCCACCAUGUCGGAUACGCGGCGGCGAGUGAAGGUGUAUACUCUGAACGAAGACCGGCAGUGGGACGACCGGGGCACCGGGCACGUCUCCUCCACGUACGUGGAGGAGCUCAAAGGGAUGUCGCUGCUGGUUCGAGCAGAGUCGGACGGAUCACUACUUUUGGAAUCAAAGAUAAAUCCAAACACUGCAUAUCAGAAACAACAGGAUACAUUAAUUGUUUGGUCAGAAGCUGAGAAUUAUGAUCUGGCUCUAAGUUUUCAGGAAAAAGCUGGCUGUGAUGAAAUCUGGGAAAAAAUUUGCCAGGUUCAAGGUAAAGACCCAUCUGUGGAAGUGACUCAAGACCUUAUUGAUGAAUCAGAGGAAGAACGAUUUGAAGAAAUGCCUGAAACGAGUCAUCUGAUUGACCUGCCCAGUUGUGAACUCAAUAAACUUGAAGAGAUUGCUGAUUUAAUUACCUCAGUUCUCUCCUCACCUAUCCGUAGGGAAAAGCUGGCUUUAGCCUUGGAAAAUGAAGGUUAUAUUAAAAAACUUCUGCAGCUGUUCCAGGCAUGUGAGAACCUAGAAAACACUGAAGGUUUACACCAUUUGUACGAAAUUAUUAGAGGAAUCCUGUUCCUAAAUAAGGCAACUCUUUUUGAGGUUAUGUUUUCUGAUGAGUGUAUCAUGGAUGUCGUGGGAUGUCUCGAAUAUGACCCUGCUUUGGCUCAGCCAAAAAAACAUAGAGAAUUCUUGACCAAGACUGCAAAGUUUAAAGAAGUUAUACCAAUCACAGACUCUGAACUACGGCAAAAAAUACACCAGACUUACAGGGUACAGUAUAUUCAGGACAUCAUUUUGCCUACACCAUCUGUUUUUGAAGAGAAUUUUCUUUCUACUCUUACAUCUUUUAUUUUCUUCAACAAAGUUGAGAUAGUCAGCAUGCUACAGGAAGAUGAGAAGUUCUUGUCUGAAGUGUUUGCACAAUUAACAGAUGAGGCUACUGAUGAUGAUAAAAGGCGUGAGUUGGUUAAUUUUUUCAAGGAAUUUUGUGCAUUUUCUCAGACAUUACAACCUCAAAACAGAGAUGCGUUUUUCAAAACUUUGGCAAAACUGGGAAUCCUUCCUGCUCUUGAAAUUGUAAUGGGCAUGGAUGAUUUGCAGGUCAGAUCAGCUGCUACAGAUAUCUUUUCUUACCUAGUAGAGUUUAGUCCAUCUAUGGUCCGAGAAUUUGUAAUGCAAGAAGCCCAACAGAGUGACGAUGAUAUUCUUCUUAUUAAUGUACUGAUUGAACAAAUGAUCUGUGAUACUGACCCAGAACUUGGAGGUGCUGUGCAGUUAAUGGGACUUCUUCGUACUCUAAUUGAUCCAGAGAAUAUGCUAGCUACAACUAAUAAAACUGAAAAAAGUGAGUUUCUAAAUUUCUUCUACAACCAUUGUAUGCAUGUCCUUACAGCACCACUUUUGACCAAUACUUCAGCAGACAAAUGUGGAAAGGAUAAUAUAAUUGAGUCUAACAGAAACAACACAAUUUGUCCUGAUAAUUAUCAAACAGCACAGCUACUUGCCUUAAUUUUAGAAUUACUCACAUUUUGUGUGGAACAUCACACAUACCACAUUAAAAAUUAUAUUAUGAAUAAGGACUUGCUAAGAAGAGUCUUGGUCUUGAUGAAUUCAAAGCAUACUUUCCUGGCCUUGUGUGCUCUUCGUUUUAUGCGGCGGAUAAUUGGCCUGAAAGAUGAAUUUUAUAAUCGUUACAUCACCAAAGGAAAUCUGUUUGAACCAGUUAUAAAUGCUCUACUGGAUAAUGGAACUCGGUACAAUCUAUUAAAUUCAGCUGUUAUUGAGUUGUUUGAGUUUAUAAGAGUGGAAGAUCUCAAGUCUCUUACUGCACAUAUAGUUGAAAACUUUUAUAAAGCACUUGAAUCGAUUGAAUAUGUUCAGACAUUCAAAGGAUUGAAGACUAAAUAUGAGCAAGAAAAAGACAGACAAAAUCAGAAACUGAACAGUGUACCAUCUAUAUUGCGUAGUAACAGAUUUCGCAGAGAUGCAAAAGCCUUGGAAGAGGAUGAAGAAAUGUGGUUUAAUGAAGAUGAAGAGGAGGAAGGAAAAGCAAUUGUGCCACCAGUUGAAAAAUCUAAACCAGAAGAUGAUUUUCCUGAUAGCUACGAAAAAUUUAUGGAGACUAAAAAAGCAAAAGAAAGUGAAGACAAGGAAAACCUUCCUAAAAGAACAUCUUCUGGUAGCUUCAAAUUCACUUUCUCCCACUCUGCCAGUGCUGCCAAUGGAGCAAACAGUACAAACAGUAAAUGUGUAGUGGCUCAGACAGCACCAGCACAUUCAAACGGGUCCUCUUCCAAAACGACAGGCCUGGCUGCGUCAGUCACAGCUACCAAGGGAAGUUUGGUUGGCUUAGUGGAUUAUCCUGAUGAUGAAGAGGAAGAGGAAGAAGAAGAAGAAGAAGAAACAUCCCCCAGGAAAAGACCUCGUCUUGGCUCAUAAAGUACUUUACAGGAGAACCAUUAACAUUGGUCUUACUGAAAUGCUGCAGCUGUUCAAUGAGCUGAAUGUGUGAAUCAGAAAGGUUUCUCACUUGAACUCAUAAAUGUACACGGAGUUAUCAGCUGGGUGAGUUUAGUGCUGGUGAAAACCAGGCUUGCCAGGAAUGCCAUCGCUUGCUAACAGUUACGGGGUUUGCCUUUCAGUCUCUUAAAAAAAAAAGUUCGUAACCAGACCUAGGAAGUAGCUUCUCAGCAAGGAAAACCUCAGGUUUUGGGAUGGUUUGUGGGCAAAGAAAAGGUUGAUAAAGUGACAGUAGUGCAGGGUUGCUCCAGGGUUCCAAUCUAGAACCAGUUACAAAACUUGAGUUGCAAACCCAAUAACAUUACUUGUAUAAUGGUGCUGGCCAUGUUGUUGUUUUAAUCAUCUGCCUCUUUUUAAAAUAGAUUUUUAUGAGAAAAAAAUUCAUCUAUCAUAAAAGAUAAAGUUAA